AUGUAUGCGACCGAUACGACGGGCGCUGUGGACAACGUCAACGUCGAAAACGAUAACAUGCCUAUCGAGCAGUGUGUCAAGUAUUCACUUCUUCAGAUAGUCUCCAUCACCAGUGGAGUCGACAUAUUCCGAUGCCGGAUCGCAGCCCAACGUCCAUAUAGAGCGCACUUACUAGAACUCUACCCGAGACGCCAAACGCCUAGCUUGAACCAUGAAGGCUCGAUCGCGUGA